AAGAGUGCAGGAAGCAUAUAAAGUUGGUGUGUUUAUGUCUUCUCAGUAAACACAAAUUUAUCAAAAUUAAAACGUAGCCAUUCUUUCGAAACAUGGCCGCAUCAAAUUACACAUUGAAGGUGAACAGGCAGCUUUUGGAUCCCAGCUUUGAAAGUUACAGGUUAUCUCUGGACACCAUACCAACAUACAACGUAGAGCUAGAUGCUGGCGUUGGGGAAAUUAAGCUGAAAGACAGCCAGUAUACCUUGGAGCAUGUGCGUGCUUUUGGCAUGUACAACUACUUGCAUAUAGACCCCUGGUAUGAAGACAGUGUCUACUUUGUGGAUUGCAAAGGGCGGCUGCUCAAUCUCACAGUCACGCUGGACACAGCCCUGGGAAAGCCCCGAGAGGUGUUCAGCAUGACCCCUGACCCCAGCGUGACCCCUGACCCCAGCCGGGGGGAGGAGAGGCUGUGUGCCUCUCUGAGCCUGACGUCAGCCACCUGGGCGGCGCUCUCUGACGGCUCCGGCAGGCUCCUCCUCCUCCGCACCGGCAGGAGGAAGGAGGCCUCUCACACCUGGGAGCCCCUGUUCAGCGAGACCCUGGGAGAGCCCUUCACCAUCCUCCACAGCCUGGCUCACCUCACGUCCGGGGUCCACGCCAUAGAGGUGCUGCUGCUCCGCAUCCAGAAGGACUCGGAGGAGGACAGGGGAAGUGGCUUCUCUGUGUCCCUGGAGUGGAUCACCGUCUCCAGCACAGCUGAGCAGGGCCGCAAGAAUGAGUAUGAGGUGAGGAAGAGGAGGGUGCUGCGAGGGAAGUGUGUUCCUCACUACGCCGCCGUGGAGCCUCAGGGGACCGGCCUGAUGCUGCUUGCGGAGAAGCCCUUCGUGGUGACGCACGUGGACGGGCAGCCGGUGGAGCGGGCGGCUGCAGAGCCCAUGGAGACGGACGCUAGCUCACAGACACAAGACCCCAUCUACUUCUGGCAGCAAACAAGCGAGGACGUCACGGUUUCGGUUCGAAUGCCCCCGGGCUUCAGCAGAGACAUGGUGGACUUCAGGCUGACUGGGGACAGCGUGAGAGUGGGGGUCCAGGGCCACGCUCCCCUGCUGGAGGGGCUCCUGCAGGCCCCCGUGGACCCCGAGGCCAGCGCCUGGAUCAUCAGAGACAACAAAAGCCUGGAGGUGACCCUGCAGAAGCGCGACCAGGGGCCCAUGUGGCCGGAGCUGGUGGUUGGGGACAGGAGAGGGGAGUUUCUGAUCAGCGAGGAGCAGGCCGCUCUCCUGAACGAGAGACUCACUCACCUCACCACUGAGGACAUGAACGCAGACCCAGAUAAGGACAAGCCUCCGUGUGACUCCCAGGAGCUGGAGGACUGUGAUGGCUUCCCGGAGGACAGCUCCAGUCUGGUGCGCUUCGACAGAGACACUCUGAAGCCCACUCAUGUGGUGAAUUUGGGCAGUAAUCAGUUCCUGUUCUCGGUGGCGGUGAACCCGGCAGACAUGCCGUGUUUCUGCCUGCGCUACGACGUGGACGCGCUGCUCUGGCAGCCUCGCCCAGAACAGCCCAGCCAUCUCUGGGAGCACAUUGCCACCUUCGACGCCCUUGGUUACGUCCAGGCUUCCAAACGUGACAAGAAAUUUGCGACAUGUGCCCCGAACUUCUCCUACGCAGCUCUGGGGGAGUGUCUUCGCCGGGUGUUCCUCUACUGGCAGCCCGCGCCCCUCCAGACUGUCCUCUUCAACCGCAAACAGGGACGGCAGGUGGGCCAGGUUGCCAAGCAACAGGUGGUCAGCCUGGAGUCCAACGAUACAAUACUCGGCUUUCAAGCGAGCAACGAGAGACUGUUUGUCUUGACCUCCAACAAUCUCUUUGUUCUGAAGGUCAGUAACUAGAUAGGGAGGUGCCUACAGGGACCACAUCAGUCUGCAGACGACACAUUCUACUGGUAAACGAAGACUGAGGGAUUCCAUCCGCCAGGGUCAUGAAUGUAUUCUUUGCAGCUUUUUCAAGUUAGUCUUGUACUGUUGUGUGUGAACAGUAGUGUCAUGUGUAUUUUUCUAAAGCUUGGUGGAGACAGCCUAGCGGCCAGGGAUGUAUGUGCUGUAGGCCCGGGCUUUAUGUCCUCGUGAAGAAUAAUGCUCUCAAGAAACCCGACCUAGAAACAUUGAAAUGAAUCAGACCCAGUGAACCCUGUCUUUCCAAGCCGCAUCUUACACAACACAGGUCACUUCCCCGCCCCCUAAUCUUUUUUUGUAGAGUAUGUUUAUUAUAUGUGAGCAUGUGUGUUUAUACGUUAGAGUGGUUGGGGGUUACAGUUGGUGAGCUGGCCCGCCGAAGGUCUUCUCAGAUGGUCGUAGUAGUGAGAGAAUCACAUCAUCCAAUCGCCUUGCUGGCAUUAUGAAAACUGAGAACACUGAUUUCCAUAAAUGUAAAUGAUAUCCUACACAGUGUUACACUGUGAAGCUGCGUUUUGUGCGAAGACUUGCACAUCUUGUGUACCAGGACUCAAAUCAUGAUGUGCCACUCUCACAACCACCUGCGGUUUUUCCACAGCAACUUUUGUUCGUGUAAUUACCUGUUACAUGCAAUAAAAAGCUUCAAUUUUGUUUCCA